UUUCCGGACUGUGCUCAGGGCUGCGUUCCACACAAUGGGGGUUUGGCGCCGUCUGUUGUUUUCUGGUGGGGUGUCGCUUCUGGGUAGCGGCGGGACUUCUGUUUGGCUUGGGGGACGUCGAGUGUUGUUUUGUCAGCGCCAGUUAUCUGGCCCUGAGAGUGAGACCCUAAAACAAAGAAGAACAGAAAUCACAUCUCGAGGACUUCCAAAGCAGAAGCGAAUAGAAGGUGUUAAGCAAGUUAUAGUUGUGGCUUCUGGAAAGGGUGGAGUUGGAAAGUCGACUACAGCAGUGAAUCUGGCACUCGCACUAGCAACAAAUUCAAAGGCUGUUGGACUGUUAGAUGCGGAUGUGUAUGGCCCAUCAGUUCCAAAGAUGAUGAAUCUGAAAGGAAAUCCAGAACUAUCACAGAGAAGUCUAAUGAGGCCUCUUUUGAAUUAUGGUAUUGCUUGUAUGUCUAUGGGUUUCCUGGUUGAAGAGUCUACACCAGUUGUUUGGAGAGGCCUUAUGGUAAUGUCAGCCAUUGAGAAAUUGUUGAGGCAGGUAGAUUGGGGUCAACUGGAUUAUUUAGUUAUUGACAUGCCACCAGGGACUGGAGAUGUACAGUUAUCAAUCUCACAAAAUAUUCCCAUAUCAGGUGCCAUAAUUGUCUCCACACCCCAAGAUAUUGCAUUGAUAGAUGCACACAAGGGUGCUGAGAUGUUUCGAAAAGUCCAUGUACCUGUUCUGGGUCUUGUCCAAAAUAUGAGUGUUUUCCAGUGUCCAAAAUGUAAACACAAGACUCAUAUUUUUGGUGAUGAUGGUGCAAGGAAACUAGCACAGACUCUUGAUCUUGAUGUUCUAGGAGAUAUUCCUUUACACCUCAACAUAAGGGAAGCUUCAGAUACAGGCCAGCCAAUUGUAUUUUCACAGCCUGAAAGUGAUGUGGCCAAAGCUUAUCUGAAGAUUGCUGCAGAAGUAGUGAGAAGACUGCCACUACCUCUAGAGUGAUUCCCCAAGUGACCUAGAAAUAUGCCUGGUGCUUGACAAUAAGAAGACCUUUGAUAAUCAGCAGUGCUGUGGUGAAAUCUAGCAAAACAAUCAUAGUCAUAAUUGCUAUCUUGUAUUUAUAAGGAAAUUAUGUCUUAUUUCAGAUUUUAUUUGCUACACCGUGACUCACAAAUAAAAAUGUUAUAUGUGAA